CGCGCGCCCCGCGCAGACCGCCGAGCCCGGCGCCGCCGUCCCCCGCCUCCACGCCCGGCUCCCGGCGCGGCGAUGGGCGCGGCUCCGGCCCGGCCCUCGCUCCCCGUCCCGCCCAGCCCCGCGACGGCGCGAGAGCCCCGGGGAGCGUGGGCGUCCCGCCGCCGGCCGCGGGCUCGGCGCUUCUCGACGGCCGGGGACCUGGUGAGGUUUAAUUGCUUUCCUUUCCUUUGGGACCUGUGUGAGAGUACUUGGAGCAGUGACUGCCAUCUGGUGGCAAGCCAGAAUCAUCACUUUGUGUAACCUAAUGGUUACUAAGAGGCCCACUCUUGACUCACAUGGUAUGCACUGGCAGCAGGGCACAAGGAGAGCCUGGAAGGUGUCUGAUGAAGGAGCCUGGUGAAAUAAGCCUUCACUUCCACCUGAAUGGGUCGUUCAUCCCAGAUUCUGAGGCAGGAGCCGGCUCCAAAAUGGCACCUCUGAAGAAAAGAUUUGAAUUACUCUUAUGUUUUCGUCAAAGAUGUGCUGGGUAACCAAGACUGUGAAUCAGCACACACCAAGAGGGGCAUGUGAUGACAUGGAGCCUGAAAUAAACUGCUCUGAAUUGUGUGACAGUUUUUCUGGCCAGGAGCUGGAUCGGACACCCCUUCAUGAUCUCUGCAGGACGACAAUUACCUCUUCCCACCACAGCAGGAGGCCCAUUUCUUCAUUAUCUCCUGUCCUCCUGGGUAUUGUUUGGACUUUUCUCAGCUGUGGACUUCUUCUGAUAGUCUUCUUGCUUGGCUUCACAAUUCGCUGCAGGAAGAACAGGAUUGUGAAGAUGUCCAGUCCCAAUCUGAACAUCGUGACCUUACUGGGCAGUUGUCUGACUUACAGUAGUGCUUACCUCUUUGGGAUUCAAGAUAAAAAUGCUUUAGUGGGAAGCUCAAUGGAAACUCUGAUCCAGAUAAGACUGUCCAUGCUGUGCAUUGGGACCUCCCUUGUGUUUGGGCCCAUUCUGGGAAAGAGCUGGCGACUCUACAAGGUGUUUACCCAGAGGGUCCCGGACAAGAGAGUGAUAAUCAAAGACCUGCAGCUACUAGGGUUGGUGGCCGCCCUGGUGAUAGCUGAUGUGAUCCUGCUGAUAACAUGGGUACUGACUGAUCCCAUCCAGUGCCUCCAGAUUCUUGGCGUCAGUAUGACGGUGACAGGGAGAGAUGUGUCCUGCUCUCUGACCAGCACACACUUCUGUGCUUCCCGGUACUCAGAUGUCUGGAUUACUCUCAUUUUGGGAUGCAAGGGCCUGCUGCUGCUGCACGGCGCCUACCUGGCUGGCCUGGCGGGCCACGUCAGCGCCCCCCCAGUGAAUCAGUCCUUGACCGCCGUGGUGGGCGUCAACCUCGUGGUGCUGGCUGCUGGGCUGCUUUUUGUGGCCGCCAGAUACUUGCACCCCUGGCCCAACCUGGUCUUUGGACUCACGUCUGGAGGCAUCUUUGUCUGCACAACCACCGUCAACUGCUUCAUCUUCGUUCCCCAGCUGAAGCAAUGGAAGGCAUUUGAAGAGGAAAACCAAACAAUCAGACGCAUGGCCAAAUACUUCAGCACUCCCAGCAGAAGCUUCCAUACCCAGUAUAGUGUGGAACAGAAUUGCCAUGCGAGGGGAGAGAAAAGCUCCAUGGAAAGACUUCUCACAGAAAAAAAUGCUAUGAUUGAAAGCCUGCAGGAACAAGUCAACAACGCCAAAGAGAAGCUGGUGAGGCUGGUGUCAGCGGAGUGCGCCCCUGAGCCGCGCGGGUGGGCCGUCCCACCUGCCCCUUCCCACAGCAGGGACGUCCUGGCUGCAGCCUCUGCCCGCGGCCUGGCGGCUCAAGGGCCUUCGGAAUGCCUCGCAGACUCUCGGAAUGAUCCCAGCGCGGCCGCCCAGGACUCCCAGAGCACCUCAGUGCCCUCCUCCAGUGUGCCGAGCCUGGAGAGGCAUGUGAAGGAGGCCAGCCCCUCCCCGGGGCAGGAGGAGAACAUUUCUUACUUGAAAGACUUUUCUGAUCAUUUAGAUUCGGGCUGCAGCCAGAAGCCACGGGCUGGGCAAAGCCAGGGUGCAGAAAGAAGAGACCGGGUACCCACGGCCCCCCACUGGAGUCUUCCACCGGCUGGAGAAGGCCCUGUUCCCCAGAGACAGGGGCAGCUUCAGAACUCAGAGGAGCGCCAAGAGCGGCUGUCAAGAGUCAAUUCAGUGAUCAGGGAGAAGCUUCAGGAAGUCCUACAAGAUCUGGGCCUAGGCGCUGAGGCUCCCCUCCCCUCUUCCGCAUCUUGCCCCCAGCAGGCCUGGAAGGGCAGUGCUGCCGCCAGCCCCAGGAAGAUGCCCCUCUCCAGGGAGCUGGGCUUCAGCCCAUACUUGGUGAGGAGAAGGCGAGCAGCGCAGCGGGCUCGCUCACUCUUCCCGGGCUCUGCACCCUCAUAUGUGGGGCAUCGGGCAAAUAGGACUGUUUCCAGGGCACACAGUGGGCUAAAGGAGCAGAACAGGUCCAGCCCCUGUCUGGACCCCCAAACUGCUGAUUCCAGGGUACCAAGACCCUCUUCUGGGAAGCCUUUACUCCUCCCAGAUCCUCAAGGCAAGCUGUGCACCCUGGAGGGCAGCAAACAAAGCCACACAGAGCCCCAGGGGGCCGGAGGGAGCCCUGUAGAGUUUCCACACCAGCCUUCUGGUUCUGGCCGGGCACAGUGUCCCGCUGCCCCACACCUAUCCAGAGCCUUACCAGACCUGCCUGAACAGCAGCAGGUGCAGCCUCCGGGGUCCCCAGGCUGUCCCUCCCUGUCUUCUCCAUGCAACUACCUUGACACCGAGUCCAGCAGCUCAGACGAGUUCUUCUGCCACUGCCACCGGCCCUACUGUGAAAUCUGCUUCCAGAGUUCCUCUGACUCCAGUGACACUGGCUCAUCAGACACCGACCUUGAGCCUGCUGGGGGGCUGGCUUCCUGGGAAAAGCUGUGGGCCCGCUCGAAGCCUGUUGUAAACUUCAAAGAUGACUUGAAACCCACACUGGUGUGAAAAGCAGCAGAGCAGGUCUGCAUAUAGAGGUCAGUCCAGGACAGGCCGUACCAAGGCCUCCAGGAGGAAGGCCCGUUGUGGCCUUCGGGAAACAGACCAGUGCCUUGCAGUUGACCAGCCCUUACCAUGUCUCAGCUGUGCCCGCUUGAGCACUGUGCUGCCCUGAGCACUUCUUGAUCUAUCAAAAGAGGGGUAUUGCCUGUCUUCUCACUACCUCACAGCAUUCCUGUAAAAGACUCCAGUUGAGUGACCAUAAAAGAUACCCUUUGGAUAAAAGGUGCUGAAUGAGCACAGAGGGGUUUCUGUCCCGGUCAGCCUGUAUGCUACAAAACUCUUAAUAUAUACCAGAGGGAUGGCUAGGUGGACAGACAGAUGGAGAGAUGGAAGGAAAAUUUCUGCAGAACUGGAGUUGUGGACUGUAACCCAUCGAACUGGCCUUUUGGUGGACUGAUCUGCUAGGAUGAUAAAUCUCCUGCGGGCUUGGCUGUCCCAUCGUGGCAGGGGGUGGUUUUGUUUCUGCUGAUGGUUGUGAACAGCACCGCUCCUAGGUUCCAGCUUCUGGCCAGACUCAGCUCAGAGCCACCUCUGCACCAGUAUUUGGUGUUCCUGUCUUUCCACCAUUAUGGCACCUCACCAUCAUCCCUGAGACUCUCAGGUCACCAUGUGCUCACAGGCUACCCAGAUCUCUCUCCUGGGCUCAGAUGACGCCUGAGGCCCAGACUGUCUCCUGGUCCUGUGGCCCAACCCUUUGACUCUGCCAGCGGUGCAAUUUUGUACUGGGGGGAAGCCAUCUCUGUUGGGGUGGGGUAGGCCCCGUUGGUCAAGAGAUGCUUUUGGUGCCGUUGGGGUUAUGUGACCACCGAUGGCUACAUAGACCUGGAAAUAGAAAACAGGGGAAUAGAAAGGAAGAAAUGUGAGAGAAGAAGGCAGGAAAGAAAACAUGUUCUUGAACAUUUACUUGAGUCUGGCAUGGUACCAGGCAAUAUUAAAUUUCAGUAAUUCUUUAUGAUAACCCUGUGAAGUAGACACUCUCGUUCCCACUUUUUCAGAUGGGGAAUAUGGGGAAUGUGAGGCUGAGAGGACUGAGGUAACUUCCCCAACAUCACACUGCUAGAGAGUGGCUCAUGUAGGACUCACCCACAGCUCGUGGGACCCCAAGUUGGCAGACUUCCCUUGGGACACAUCUCUUCACUCCUUCUUCUGGGAGGGGUAGGCAGGCUUGGCAGGCCAGACAGUAGAUCGGGGCAGUGUAGGAAAGCCGAGCUGUGCUCACUCUGCAGCCCAGGAUAACAAAUCUGGGUUCCUCGCCUGGGGAAGCAGCCCUCCACUGCCUCACUGCCUCAAGGGCCCACCAGCACCUCCCAAGGGAGCCAGGGAGGUGGUGAAGGAUGAGUGACAGGACCUCAUCUGCCGCCAGACCCACAGGGACGGCCCAGCUGGGUCCACUUCACUUGUUGCUAAGCUGGUUGUUGUUUACAGGCUGUCCCCUACCACCCCUCGCAUGUGUGUCUGUGUGUGUACACGUUUGUGUGCAGGAGUUUGGGCCUCAUUAGAUAUGCUUGGAGGGGGGCAUUUGGCCCCAGAUAUUUCACAGAAGAUUUAUCAUGGACUCUCAGGGUCUGCCGACACCUUGUGAAUUUCCAGACACUGGACUGGGAGGCCCUCCUGGUAGCACAGCUUCUUCUGUCGUUUAAUUUUAAAUACAAAUGUCAUAAUUUAUUCUGCAUGUGGGUUUGCAGUUUCUGCUUGUGCCGUCCAAACGAUACCUUAAUAAAAGAGAAAUGG